CUUCGAUGCGUUCGGUUGUGUCACUUAAAUCGCUAUCGUUGGGGCAAGUUCUGCGCCCGUUUUCUUAAUAUUGCACUGAAAGUCGUAACGCCUGCGCGUGUUUUAUGCAUUUUGAAACGGUUGCCAAUCGAGCUAAAUACAAAACACAAAUUGAUUAAAUUCACAUACUAAUAGAUAUGCAACAGGUGUAAAAGUGUGCACAGGUGUCUCAAAUCUUUCAACUCUUUUACAUUUGGAUUUACGCAAUAGCCAGCAGCUGCUAAGGAACUUUAAGGGCCUUCGAUAAUAGCUCAAUCAGCUCGGCUCAGGUCAGAUCAGAUCGAAUCUGAUCAGAUCACGUGUCGGCAACUGGAGUUCGUGUAAUUCGGUAGAAGUAGCCGAAAAGUUGUCGUGCAAACAAAUACUCGAAGCGCUACCUAAGAUCAAAAAGAAAAAAACCAAAAUAAAACCCGUCGAGAAGCCGAAAGCUGACAAAACAGUUGGCUCGUUGAUCGUGUUGGCAUUUAAUUUAGCUGGUUACGUGGCUGGGGGACUCGUGUGGCCGCCGAAAAGAAAGUCACGACACCAUCCAAAGCGGUUCAAAACAAGAUUUCCAAGAUUCUGCGCCGAAAGUCAAAGUUACAAGUUUACAUUUUGGCCCGGUUCAACGUUUUAUUAGUGUGUGUGUGUGCCUCGCGUGUGUUUGUGUGUGUGUGCCACUUUAGAAAGUGAAAAUCCAGUGCAGUCCCAGUCCCAGUCCCAGUCUGAAGCGCAUUCGGUCAGAGCUGCAGCUGAAAGUGAAUUUGCCUGCAAGCCCCACAUAUCUGUCCCAGUAGCUAUCGAGACAGCUACUUGGCCCAACUGUCAUCCAAAUAACAUUCGUCUCUCGAGCCGUAGCUCAAUUUGACUCCACGUUCCACAAUGGAGGCCGAAGAAAUAACAAAACUCGUUGAUGGUGUUUAUAGGAAUAUACUCGAUAGAUUCAAUCCGGGUGCCAGACAGCUAAUUGCAGCGGGCAAAAGUUACCUGAAGGCGUUGCACGGUGCCGCAACAGCCUCGCGUCUAUUCAAUGAAGCAUUGGCCAAGAUUGCGAUGAACGCGCAACAAAGCGGAACGGGCGAUAUUGGUUCAGCUUUGAUGAGCGUUGUAAAUGUUAACAAGGAGAUUCAGGAUCAGCAAAUGAAUAUUCUGAAAGCCUUCUACGUUGAUCUAUUGGUGCCAUUGGAGACAAAUUUGGAGAAGGACACAAAAGUGGUCCAGCAUGAGCAGAAGAAGUUCAUGCAGCAGCACAAAGUGCGCAUGGAGAGCUACCAGAAGGCCGUCUCAACCAUGAAGAAGCAACGCAAGAAAAAGGCCACGCCCGAGAACACGGAAAAGGAGCUGAGAAGUCUGCAAUUGUUGGAGGAUCAGAAGAAAAAACUCGAUAUAUUUUGUGAUCAGAGCUAUAAGAAUGCCAUGACACAGGAGCGUCGUCGCUAUGGUUUCGUCUUGGAACGCCAGUGCUCGAUCGCCAAGCACUGGAUGGCCUACCACACCACCGGCAAAACAGUAAUUGAUAAUAAUUUCGAAAAUUGGCAAGAAAUUGCCGCUUCCCGUGAGAUAAUACCGCCGGCCGCAUACGAGAGCGGCUACAGCAGCAGCAACAGCAACACAAGGCGCCUGGAGCGCAUCAAAGACGCUGAUGAUGAGCAGUUGCAGAGCCAAGGCCUGGGCGCUCAGCUUAAGAAAUCGCGCAGCAUCGAUGCCCCCUAUGGAGAUAUGCGCACUCUGCACGAGCGUGAAGGCCACUCGGCAUCAGCGUUAUAUGGACAGAAUUCCUUGCCGCGUGCCAAAUCCGACUUCAAUUUGGCGCUGGUUGGAGCUGGACCCAUGACAGGCAGCAAACACAAAAUAAUUGAGGAGCAACUGCCGCUUGCUGAGGUGGAGCGCGGAGAUCAGCGUCCACUGGUCAAGGCAUUGUACGCCUAUAUGCCUUCAGGUGAGAAUCAGCUGUCCUUUGAGGAGGGCGAUCGCAUUGCGCUGGUGGGCGGCAAGGCCAAGGGCUGGCAGUUUGGUGAGAAUCUGCGCACGCAGCAUUUCGGUUGGUUCCCCGUGGCCUACACCAAUGCAGAGAGCCUGGAACCGGCGCCUACUAGCGGCCGACGCUAUGAGAACAUGCACAUGAGCUACGGUAGCAGCGGUCUGCGCAGUUACCAUGAGCAGCAACAGCAACAGCAGCAGCAAUACGAGGCGCAGCUGGAGCUGAUGGACAACGAUGCUACGUACAGACGCCGCCGCAAUCACAGCGCCGAGGAAUCCUCGCCCACGCGCAUGUUCGGCGACACCAUCAAGCAGCAAAAGAAGUACCGCUCCGGCUCGGCAGCCAAUCCGCGCCCUGGUCCACCGCCCACGCUGCCCGCUCCAGUCCCGAAUGGCCAGAGUCAGAGUGCUCGCAUGCUGAACAGUUCGCAGAGCUUCUGCGCUACCAACGGCGUGCCAGCUGCCGUGGAGCGUCGCAAGCAGAAGCUGCUAAAUGGCGCACAGAGCUCCAUGAGCCAGCCGUCCACGAAGUCCGCUGCGGCAGCUAAGACUUCGCUGCACAGCAGCAAUGACAGCGGCUUUGCCAACGAGCCGCCGCCACAACCCGAGGUGGAUUACUCCGACGAGGAGCCGGCCACGCAGCGCGUGCCCAUACGGCGACGCGCGGACACCAAUACCCACACGGUGCCCAGGGACGUGGCUUCGUGGACGCUGAAUCGUAAUUUCCGCAACAGCGUGGAUAGCCAGAUCGAUGACAAGAGUUUGAAUCGGCUGAGUCGCCAGAGUGGCGGUGGCGUUGGUGGUAAAAUGCGUUACGAUUUGAUUGCCUCGGACGAUGAGAUUCUGCAGGCCUCCAGUGCUGGCUUGAAGCGCACCAAGUCCUUCUGGAAGUUUGGCGGUGGACGCAGUGAGGACAUUCUAGCUGGCAUGUCGCUCUGGCAGCAUCGCGAUCUGGUCGCAGCACCCAAUAUGGAAGACAUGCGUGAUGAGGUACGUUCCGAAGAGGAUCGGGAGCGUCACAGUCAUAGCAACAGCAACAGUAACAGCAACAGCAAUGGCAAUGGCACGCUUACCAAGUCGCAAAACUCCAGCUCGUCGCAGGAGAAACGUGGCCGCAAGGACAGCAUCACCAGCACAGAGCUCUAUGGCGAUGAUGACGAGAACAUUUAUGGAGUGAGUCCGGCUAUGCCACCACAAAAACAACAACAACAACAGCAACAGGCACAGCAGCAGCAUCAGCAGAGAAGCAGUGGCUACACGCCCAAGUCACGCAUGAAGAUCAUGAAGACGAUUGAGAUUGAUAUAGAGGAGCCCUCGGAGAACGAGCGUUUGAGCACCAUGCGUCGUAGCCAGCACCAGCAGCAACAGCAGUCAGAUUAUAGCCAUGGACAUCGCAAGCUAGAGAAACAGGGCUCUGGCUCGGCCUCAUUGGCCUCCUCCACGCCGCAGCACAAAACCCAAACGCUCAGCCGUUCCAAGCCAUCGCAGCAGCAGCAACAGCAACAGUUCCCACACUCCACAGAUGAGGGCGACAGCGAUGAUCAUGGCACGUUGAAGAUGAGCGACGUCAAUAACUUUUUCGAUGACAUGCAGCACGACGUAGGCGGCAAUUCAGGCAGCGGAGGAGGCGUUGGCAGUCACGGCCUGGUCAUGAAGACGCUCAAGCGCAAGGACAUACUCAAGCAGUACUACACCAGCGAGGAUGAGUCUGAGGCAGAGCUGAAGUCCACCAGCUCCGAUCCCUAUGACUGCAUCGUGAUCAAUGAUCAUCUGGUGCGCAAGGACGACAAGCUGAGACGCCAGCAUCAUCAUCAGCAACAGCAGCAGCAGCAACAAAUGGAGUUCCACACAUUUCGCUCAUCCACAUCCACAUUGGCGACCAAUACGCUGAAGAAGUCCAGCUCCAAGGAGCAGGACAGCACGCUGACUCGCAACACCACAGCUAAUGGAGCCGGUGCACCAACUGCCACAAUUCUGCCACGCACGCGCCUGCUCAAAUCAUCCUCCAGCAAUAACAACAAUAACAACAACAACAACAGCCACAACAUCAACAACAUCAAUAACAACAUCAACAGCAGCGCGACACUGGAGCGUAAUUUGAAAGCGCAUGUGGGCAAUAAGAGCUACGGUCCGUGGUACGAUUUCUGGGAUCAGGAGCAGCACGGCAUAACCAGUCAGAAGUCUGCAAGCGCCAAGCUGAAAUAGUUACCAGGGGAAUGGGAUAGGGGCAACAAAUAGCGGGCAAUGUAAGGAGUUUGUAGUUUCGCCGUUUUCUUACCAGAGAAGAAAAUGCGCCGAGCGUGACGGCGAUUGAAGAGAGCAUGUGAAGUCACUAACAAAGUUUCAAGCCACAGAGAAGCAUUAGAAACAAAGUCAACUCUGAAUAUAUUAUAUUCUAUUGUGGAACUCAAAUUAUUAAUCUGAUCAAAGGUGCCUUUAACAAAUUUCAAAAUUCAAAAUUCAAAAUUCCAAGUGCUUCCAAAUAUCUUUUAUAUCACGAUAAGUUGAACUAUGCUCCAAACAUCAAACGCCGACUGCUUACUACUCUUUAAAAGUUCACAGCGUGUGAGCAAUUCCAUUUUUUGGUGCCUUGCAUAACGCACAGUUUUAAGCUAAACAUAAACACAUAAACCAUAUAUACUUAAAUAUACUAUAUAUACCUAUAUAUAUCUUAUUUUUUUGCUUUAGUCAUAAGCUCUUGCAUCAUGUUACAUUCUUUUAGCACACCCCAGAAGUGAAAGGAAUAUAUAAUAAAUAUAUUUUGUAUAUUUGCAGCAGACGCGGUAUUUAUCGCAACUAUUCCAUGGGCUACUGAAAGCCAAGCACAAAUUAUAAUCCCGUAGAUGGUAUUCCACCAUAACAAACAGUCCACACAAUACCCACACUGUACAAGCUGUUUAGUAGCCCUGUCUCCAAAUCUCUGUGUCCCUUAUGUAUAUGUUGUAUAAAGAAGUCUAUACGCCUCUCAGUUUGCCACCAUCAAGUUGCGCCACACGAAGACUAACGAUCGAUCUGCUCCGAUGAUAUACCGCAGCGUCAAC